CCGGCGACUGCGGGCGGCCGGCUAGGGAGCUACCUCGAGCGGCCGGGCGGGCGUCGCUGUCGCGGUUGCGGCGCCGCUUAGGCUCGGGCUGGCCCGGCGCGGCCUCGGGCUGCCCAUGGGGCGCAGGAGGCCGGGCCGGUGACGCCGGACGCCCAUGGACGCCCCUGAGGAGCCGGUGCCGCCGGUGAUCUACACCAUGGAGAACAAGCCCAUCGUCACCUCACUGAUGAAUCUCUGAAGUAAUCAAGCAUGGCAGACAUAACACAUGAGCCGGUCUUUCCCUAGAAAGGAACUGACAGCAUGGUGGUUGGUCCACACAACAGGAGGUGCUGGAGAUCAGAAUUUAUUUACCUCUAUUUAUCCGACGCUCUCCCAGCAGCUUCCAAGAGAACCGAUGGAAUGGAGAAGGUCCUAUGGCCGAGCUCCAAAGAUGAUUCACCUGGAAUCUAACUUUGUUCAAUUCAAAGAGGAGCUGCUGCCCAAAGAAGGAAACAAGGCUCUGCUCACAUUCCCCUUUCUUCAUAUUUACUGGACGGAAUGCUGUGAUACUGAAGUGUAUAAAGCUACAGUAAAAGACGACCUCACCAAGUGGCAGAAUGUUCUCAAAGCUCAUAGCUCUGUGGACUGGUUAAUAGUGGUAGUUGAAAACGACGCCAAGAAAAGAAACAAAACCAACAUCCUGCCCCGGACCUCUAUUGUGGACAAAAUAAGAAACGAUUUCUGUAAUAAACAGAGUGACAGGUGUGUCGUGCUCUCCGACCCCUUGAAGGACUCCUCCCGAACUCAGGAAUCCUGGAAUGCUUUCCUGACCAAACUCAGGACAUUGCUUCUUAUGUCUUUUACCAAAAACCUAGGCAAGUUUGAGGAUGACAUGAGAACCUUGAGGGAGAAGAGGACUGAGCCAGGCUGGAGCUUCUGUGACUAUUUCAUGGUGCAGGAGGAACUUGCCUUUGUUUUUGAGAUGCUACAGCAGUUUGAAGAUGCCCUGGUGCAGUACGAUGAACUGGACGCUCUGUUUUCUCAGUAUGUUGUCAACUUUGGUGCUGGGGAUGGUGCCAACUGGCUGACUUUUUUCUGCCAGCCGGUGAAGAGCUGGAAUGGAUUGAUCCUCCGAAAGCCCAUAGAUAUGGAGAAGCGCGGAUUGAUACAGAGGCAAGAAGCCACCCUGUUAGAUCUGCGCAGUUACCUGUUCUCUCGCCAGUGCACCCUGCUCCUCUUCCUGCAGAGGCCGUGGGAGGUGGCUCAGCGCGCCCUAGAGCUGCUGCACAGCUGUGUGCAGGAGCUGAAGCUCUUGGAAGUCUCCGUGCCGCCCGGUGCCCUGGAUUGCUGGGUGUUCCUGAGCUGCUUGGAGGUGCUGCAGAGGAUAGAAGGGUGUUGCGACCGGGCACAGAUAGACUCAAACAUCGCCCACACCGUGGGUCUGUGGAGCUACGCCACAGAGAAGCUAAAGUCCUUGGGCUAUCUGUGUGGACUUGUGUCAGAACAGGGACCUAACUCAGAAGACCUCAACAGGACGGUUGAUCUUUUGGCGGGCUUGGGAGCUGAACGGCCUGAAACAGCCAACACUGCUCAGAGUCCGUAUAAGAAACUCAAAGAAGCGUUAUCAUCAGUAGAAGCUUUUGAAAAACACUACUUAGACUUGUCCCAUGCCACCAUUGAAAUGUAUACGAGUAUUGGGAGAAUUCGAUCCGCUAAGUUCGUUGGAAAGGAUCUGGCGGAGUUUUACAUGAGGAAGAAGUCUCCCCAGAAGGCAGAAAUCUAUCUUCAGGGAGCCUUGAAGAAUUACCUGGCUGAGGGCUGGGCACUGCCUAUCACACACACAAGGAAGCAGCUAGCUGAAUGUCAGAAACACCUUGGGCAAAUUGAAAACUACCUUCAGACCAGCAGCCUCCUGGCCAGCGACCGGCACCUGACUGGGAACGAGCGGGAGUACUUCUGCAGAGAGAUUCUCAGCUUCGCCAGCCAGCAGGCAGACAGCCCAGGUCACAAAAUAGUGCUCCCUAUGCAUCCUUUCGCACAACUGAGAGACCUCCAUUUUACCCCUUCCAAUGCUGUGGUCCACGUGGGUGGUGUCUUGUCCGUGGAGAUAACCGUGUGCAGUCAGAUGCCCGUGCCUGUCCACGCGGAGCAGAUUGCCAUCAACGUCCACUUCAGCAUCGAGAAAAACAACUACCGGAAGACUGCUGAGUGGCUCACCAAGCACAAGACGGCCAACGGGAUUGUCAGCUUCCCGGCAGAGACCUCGCCUUUCCCCACAUCCCAGAACAGCCUGCCCGCGCUGGAGCUCUGCGAGAUGUUUGAGAGAAGUCCUUCCGACAAUUCCUUGCACACGACAGGGAUUAUCUGCAAAAAUGUCCACGUGCUCCUAAGGAAGCAGGAGAGUGGCGCGUCCCUGGAAGCGCCCUCAGGUGCCGCCCUGGAGUCUGGGGCCCACGUGCUGAAGUGCACCGCCGUGACCCUGGAGCCGGGGCCCAACGCAAUCACGUUCAGGACGCAGGCCAAGGAGCCGGGAACCUACACGCUGCGGCAGCUGUGCGCCUCGGUGGGCCCGGUGUGGUUCGUCCUUCCUCACAUCUACCCGCUGGUGCAGUAUGACGUGUAUUCGCAGGAGCCGCAGCUGCACGUGGAGCCGCUGGCCGAUAGCCUUUUGGCUGGUAUUCCUCAGAAGGUCAAGUUCACUGUCAGUACUGGCCAUUAUACAGUAAAAAACGGGGACAGCCUUCAGCUCAGCAAUGUAGAAGCCAUGCUUAUCCUGGGUCAUGAAGAGAACAGAGCAGUGAUCUACUCCAACAUGAGAGAAAAGGCUUCUGACGCUGCGCUCCGGGUUCAGUCGUCUGACAAGGUCACGAGCAUCAGCCUGCCGGCUGCGCCUGCAUACCACAUGAUCGAAUUUGAACUGGAAGUUCUCUCUUUACCUUCAGCUCCAGCAACUGGAGGGGAGAGCACCAUGCUGGGGAUGACAGAGCCCCAUGGGAAGCAUAAGGACACACAAAAAGCUGGCCACUGCAUGGCUACCAUGGACCACAAAGUGUCCAUCGAUUGCCCGUGGUCCAUCUACUCCACCGUCAUCUCGCUGACGUUCAGCAUGCCCUUUAGGACCACGCACUCCCUGCUGUCAUCCGGGACACGGAAGUAUGUUCAAGUGUGUGUCCAGAAUUUGUCAGAACUCGACUUUCAGCUGUCAGAUAGUCAUCUCGUGGAUACUGGUGAUAGUACCGACCUGCGACUAGUACCGCUGAACACGGAAUCCGAACAGCGCAUCCACAGCAGGCAGGCGGUGUUCUUUGUCUGGGAGCUGAAGUGGACGCAGGAGCCUCCCCCCUCCCUGCACUGCCGGUUCUCCGUUGGAUUCUCCCCAGCUUCUGAGGAGCGGCUGUCUGUCUCCUUAAAGCCCUAUACUUAUGAAUUUCAAGUGGACAAUUUUUUGACCUUGUACAGUGUGAGAGCGGAGAUAUCGCCCCCUCCAGGGACAGAGCUCUGUAAGACAGGCUCGCUCUGCUCCUUGGAGGUGUCCAUCACGCGGCUCUCGGACCUCUCGGACGCGGACAAGGAUGAGGCGCUGACGGAACGUGAGGACUAUUUUUCAACGAAGCUUAUGUACGAAGUUGUCGACAACAGCAGCAAUUGGGCGGUGUGCGGGAAGAGUUCCGGGGUCAUCUCCAUGCCUGUGGCUGCUCGGGCCACUCACAGAGUCCGCAUGGAGGUGAUGCCCCUCUUUGCGGGUUACCUGCCCCUCCCCGACGUCAGGCUGUUUAAAUACCUGCCCCAUCACUCUGCGCACUCGUCACAACUGGAUGCUGAUAGCUGGAUAGAAAACGACAGCCUCUCGGUGGACAAGCACGUGGACGACCAGCUGGACAGCGGCAGCGUCCAGAGCAGGGGCAGCACGCGCUCGGUGGCCAGCAGCGAGCACAAGGGCUUGCCCAUGCCCCGGCUCCGGGCGCUGCCCCCCGGUCAGGCCUUCAACGCCAGCGCGGGCACGCAGGUCCUGGUCAUUCCCAGCCAAGACGACCAUGUUCUCGAAGUCAGCGUCACGUGACCACGCCCAGGGCUCAGUCCCCAGACCGGCCGCGCGCGCGUGCACGCCGAAGGGAUCCUGACUCGAUUGUAACUGUCUCGCUCUAACCAGACUUUUGGUGAUUCUGCCUGGCCGUGGACGCAUCAGAGAAUUGCAGUGUACAGCUGGUCAGCUGGGUUGCAUCGUUACUUGUGUGCUGUCUGGGGUGUAAGAUGCCUUGUUAUUUUCUCAUCGCCCCGUGCCUGUGCUGCUGUCCUCCCGUGUUUGCCCAGAGCCCCGCCUUUUCCCUCACCCUCUGCUCAGGAAAGAGCUUCUAGCGCUCUCCCCUGAGCAGCCUGUCAUCUGCUGGUUCUCUGUGGAAGCCCAGGGCUCUUUCAGGUAGGCGCGCAGCAGGCCUUGCAGGCCUGUUAGUGACACGUGUGUGCCUUUCUGGUCACACGGCUGCCCGAUCUCUGGACCAGGUGGAUUUGUAUGUCUCCUAAGGGGUAAAACACAGUCCUUUACCCCAGAUCCUCUAGUUGUGCUUUUCUAGAAUAACACCCUUUCUGGGCAGGGGGAUGGCGCUGGGGGGGGGGGC